AUGAGUCUCAACUAUACAAUGAGGUACUCAAACGAAAGACCUUGCUUCAAGCUUCAAAUCAAGCUCAAGAGAGUUGACCAGGGUGCCGGGAUACGUCCGGGCUACGCAGAGCCACCAACCACUUCGAGAGAAACUUACCCUCCUCCUCCACGAACCCAACUUUUGCAACGAGCAAACCGUGCAGGCUUUCUUUCAACCCAACACCACCGGCUCAACGCCAAAACCACGACUUCAUGCAAUACCUUCAACACAAGCGAGACCCAGCAACCUCCACGACGCGCCAAGAUGGUUCUAUUCAAGCGAAAACCGGUCCAAUAUGUGCCUCGGCCAGUGAUUGAGAAUGAUGAUCAGGAGGUAUGGGUUAUCAAGCAGACGAAUGAGGUGUUUGUGGACUAUGAGCAGUACCUGACUCGGAUGGACUUUUACAAGCAGCGACGCUUUAUCUGCCAGAUUAGCGGACAUUCAGGGCUAUCAUUUUUCGAGGCACUGAAAAGUGAGCUAGCUGGCGCGCAAGAAGUGGAGGAGGCGUUUCCAGAAGCUCUGAAGGGCCCGAUCCUACGGCGCGUCCAAUUCCAAACGAUAUCUCGAAUUGAUACACUGGUUGACCUGAUCUACGAGGAGUUCCGAGCAGACUACUACCCCGGCGAAGCGGUCACAGUCCAUGUAGUAACAGGGGAAAGACUGACGGGAAUUGUCAGAGAUAAGACGCGCUUCGGCAGCAAGACUCUUCCGGAUGGCACCGUACAACCUGCAUUUUCGCGAUAUUUUGUCAGUUUGGACAAUCGACCAACGGAGGAGGCGGUUGUGGACGAUGCGCACAUUAAUCGAGACCGUAAAAUCUUCACCAAGCAGGUUCUGAGAUCUUUCAUCAAGAAGACAGUCACCCGUGAGGCAUGGACUGGCGCUCCCUGGCUGGUCAAGCAUGAUGUUGCCGCGGUGUAUCACAUCGACACUCGAGUGCCACCCCAUUUGCGAUACGAAAGCAAAGCCGCGGAGAGGAAACAGUUUCAGGCGCAAAAGAAAAAUGGACCAGAUUUUGAGGGAAUGGUUUCUAGUUUCCAAGGUAACGGCGUACCUCAGGCACGUUUGCCAGAGUUAAAGCCAGCACCAAAGAGUCAUAAGAGCAAAGCUCAACAAUCGCAACUUAAGCAAAAACAGCAGCCCUAUCUGAACCCAGCUCCUUCUCAGCAAAUGUCAAUGGCUGGUUCACAUCAAGCAAGCCCUCCCCAACUCGUUACCCCACCUCCAUAUGGCUCUCAUACCUUCCAAGCAAAUGGCCCACCCCCAGGAGCUGGCCCUCAUUUCGCUAACUUUCACAACUCAACGUUUGCUUUCGCCCCUCUUGCGUCGCUACCUCCGCCUCCUCCGCCGCCACCACCAAUCAAAUAUCCUAUUGAGGACUUGCAAGUCGGGCCGCGACCUGAAGGUCCGAAACGCCCACCUCUAAAGUACUUCUCCCAAGAUACACCAUUAGAUAGCGGUAAAGCUCGUGAUGGGAAUGGUAUUAGGAUGGAAUCAGUAGGCCUGUUACUAGAGUCAUGGGAUACCUUGAAUGUCUAUUGCGAGAUCUUCAAGUUGGAUUCCUUUACAUUUGAUGAUUUUGUAGAAGCCAUGCAGUUUUCAUCAGAGGACGUUGAUUGUCAGCUUUUUGUAGAGAUACACUGUGCUGUACUAAAGCUUCUCGUCAGUUCCGAAGUAGAUGGUGGCAAGGUCAAUGUCCAAUUACCGGAGAUGGAAGUGGAAGAAGAGGAAGAAGAAGGUGAAGAGCCCGCGGCGGAACCGGAACCAACACCAGAACCAGAGCCAAAGCCAAAAGGACGUGCCACCAGAAGCAGUCUUGCAAAAGCCGAAGCCGAAGCUGUAGAACAAGCUAGGAUCCAAGCAGAGGCGAAUGUUAAGUCAGAGGAGGAGGAGCCAAAGAUCCUGCACCGCGCUGCCGAUAUGCAAACAGAGAUAGGCUGGAUAGACCGUUUAAGGAAGAGAGACUUCAAAAAUAGUGGGUGGCAAAUUAUUGUUGUCGGUCUUCUCUAUCAACUCUCCAAAGGCCACCGGGCAAAUGGAAAAUACGAUCCAUUGUUAGAGCACCUCGCGCCUCUGACAAUGGAACCGACACCAGAAACUGCUCGACAACAAUAUGCGAAGCUCGAUGUCAACCUUCGCAUCUCAAUCCUGCAAACCCUAUGUAUUCUAACAGCCGAGACGAAAGCCAUCCGAGGAUAUAUGGAGGAGUGUAGCGAGCAAAUGACCGGUUUCCGUAAAGAGAAGAUCGGCUUCCAACGAGAACGGAAGACUCUGAUGGAGGAACUUCGAUUGCUCAAUGAAGAAAAGAAAGUUCUAUUACCGGCCAAUAUGCCACCAUCCGAUGUUCCAGACGCCAAAGCUGCUGAUGUUGACACCAAGAUGACCGAUGUCGACGAAGAAGUUCCAGACUCUGGGGCGGAUGAUGAAGUUAUUGACACGGACGAAGGCAUUCACAAGGGACGAUCGUUACGACGUGGAAUUGAUCGAGCUAAUGUGCGGAAGAGGAAGCGUGAUGCCGAACAAGAGAAGAAAGAAAAGGCAGAGGCUGAGGCCAAAGCACCAAAGCAGUCGAAGCAGUUCACGAAGUUAUUAAAAGACAUUCAAAAGAAACAAGACGCCAUUAAGGACGCGGAGGAAGAGAUUGCUAUCCUUGACAAUGACCUUCGAGAAGCAGAUUGCCCACGUACAAGAGUUCUAGGGAAGGAUCGCUUCUGGAACCGAUACUAUUGGUUUGAACGAAAUGGUAUGCCUUACGGCGGACUUCCUGACAGCUCAACUGCCGUUGCGCAAUAUGCCAAUGGUUGUAUUUGGGUUCAAGGCCCUGACGAUAUGGAGCGAAUCGGUUAUAUCGAAAUGAAGGAAGAGUGGCAAAACGAGUAUCGUUCCAAAUUCAACAUGACCGUGCCGGAGCGAAAGGAACUAGAAGAAGGUCCGACUCACGUCUUUACCGCGCACCAAUGGGGUUACUACGACAAUCCAGAAGAACUCGAUGGCCUCAUCAGAUGGCUGGAUGUUCGGGGUACCAACGAGAUCAAGCUUGCGAAAGAACUGAAGGCGUAUCGAGAUAGGAUCGUCCAAAAUAUGGAGAGACGCAAGGAAUAUCUCAAUCCCACCGAGGACAAAUCUAUUGAUCUAGGCAAUAAGCGUAUGUCUACUCGGAAAAAGGACUCGCAUGCCGAUCAUACUAUCCAUCGCUGCUUGACAUGGCACAACAACACGGCUAUGGAGGAAUUGGGGCACUUGCACUCUGAGCAACCUCGUGCUAGAAAGCCGGCACGAAAAGCAAAGGCACCCACCCCCGUUGUAGAAGAAGAUCGACCAACACGAGGUGAGGGCAAGGUUAAAAAAGAGAAAGGUGUUGCUCGAUCAUCGAAAAACAAUGUCUGA